AUGUUCAGGAUCUACGCGAGAGCCGACCAAGUACUCGUCUGUCUAGGUCUACCAUUCGAAGGCUACGAAGAGGCAGUUCAAACUGUCUAUGGGGUUGCUAGUGGGUUGAGGUCCAGAUACAAGACCACGCCGGAGCUCGCGACUGAAGAACUUACGGAAUAUAUCAUGCAAUCCGUGGAGAGACUCCUGCGGGAGAGGACCGUGGCGGAGGCCGAUGAAUCGCCACUCACGCGCAUAGGACUCACCCUGGCAGCAGGAUACUACCCAUUCGCUGAGCCUGAAGAGGACAUGGGCGAGACACACUUUGGAGCAUUUCUAGAAACCACCACGAAGAGUGGUCUCUGCCGGCGUCUGAGUGAUCCCGCCAGAGCUCGACUAUGGAGCGGCUUGGGCGAUGCAGCACGAUAUCUGCUGCAAGUCCGCAUUCAUAGCCAUUGUCGCUGCAUAUUCUAUACAAGUAGGGGUCACAUUGUCCUUGGCCCACAACACAUGAAAGAUCCCGAAGUUGUCUGUAUACCCGCAGGAAGUGCGUUCCCGUGGAUUUUGCGCCGUGAGGAAGACCACUACAUCUUCAUGGGGCAGUGCUACUUGUAUGGCGUUAUGGAGGCCUAUACAGACGGGGUGUACGACCAAGCGCCAAGGGAAGUCUUCGAAAUACAUUGA